CAGCUUUUCCAUAGACUCCAGCCCUCUGCCCCGCCCAAGUUGCAGGAUGUCGAUGACAGAGUUGCUCAACGCUGAGGAUAUCAAGCAGGCAAUAGGCGCCUUUGCCGCUACUGACUCAUUUGACCACAAAAGGUUCUUCCAAAUGGUUGGGCUGAAGAAGAAGAGUGCAGACGAUGUGAAGAAAGUUUUCCAUAUCCUGGACAAAGACAAGAGUGGCUUCAUUGAGGAAGAUGAGCUGGGGUUCAUCCUGAAGGGCUUCUCUGCAGAUGCCAGAGACCUGUCUGUUAAAGAAACCAAAACGCUGCUGGCCGCUGGGGACAAGGAUGGGGAUGGCAAAAUUGGAGUUGAUGAAUUCUCCUCUCUGGUGGCUGAAAGCUAAGAGGCGCUGACUGCCCCAGGCCUCGCCCCCUCUGCCCCAAACACCCCAUCUCAGCCCCUCUUGCUGCUGCCCUCCUGCGUUUCUGUUCAGUUUGUUUAUGUUGUUUUUUACUCCCCCAUCCCCUGCAGCCCUUGAAUGACACCAUUCUUCUGGAAAAUGCUGGAGAGACAAUAAAGGCUGUACCAAUCAGA